ACAGACAGGCGGACAGUUGCACAGGUCAGGGCACCUUACGCGCACGGCUGCUGGAUGUCUGCGUAAUGGCGCGUGUUUGUCUCCUCACUUUAUCUUCGAGCGUCUCCAAUUAAAGGAUUUGUUUGGACGGCGCGUCAGAGGGGGUCGCACAGCAACAUCAGAACACCUGAGAUCUGAUGCUACCUGCCAUCACCAUGGAAACGGAGGCCAGUCACAUGCUCGAGGCGGCGCUGGAGCAGAUGGAUGACAUCAUUGCAGGCUCUAAAGCAGCAGCGAUGGAGUUCUCCAACAGCGUGUAUGACCUGGGUUCCCCCGUCAGCGCUGGACCUCUGCAGGUCCUUCAGUUGGCCGAGGACCUCAAACUUUCCUUGGAGCUUCAACCCAACCAGGAGGAGCGAGAGAGCCUCCGAGCACAGCUGCCUGCAGAGACGGCGCAGGCUCUUAUAGACUGGCUGCAGAGUGGAGCUGUGAACCUGUGUUCUCCAGCCAACAAUGAAACCUACCAAGAACGACUGCUUCGCCUAGAGGGAGACAAGGAGUCUCUGGUGCUACAGGUGAGCGUUCUGACCGACCAGGUGGAGGCCCAGGGAGAGAAGAUCAGAGACCUAGAAAGCUCUUUGGAGGAGCACCGUCAGAAACUGGCCUCCACUGAAGAGAUGCUGCAGCAGGAGCUGAUGAGCAGGACCUCUCUGGAAACUCAGAAGCUGGAUCUGAUGGAUGAGGUGUCCUUUCUCAAACUGAAGCUGGUCAGCAUGGAGGAGACGCACACCAACUCACACCCGCAGGACCCGACAGACGCGAAGCAGAACAAAGCUGAGUGUGUGGUAAAUCUCAUCAGUGAGCUCCAGGAGGAGAUGUGCAGGUUUCAGGAGGAGAUCAGCACUCGCAUCCAGGAGAAACGGGCCCUGGAGGAGAAGGAGGCCCAGCGGGGGGAGCCCAGAGGCAGCCAAGCGCAGGGCCGCAGCCCUGAAGUUGGGUUGGCAGGCUCGAACCUGAGCCUGUCUGGCUCUGAUGGCUGGAAACACAAUGGAGAAAAGACUGUUCACGAUUUGCAGCAAGAAGUUAAGCAGCUGAAGAGCAAAGUGGAGGAGCUGGAGGGAGAGAAGAGCCAGUACGAGAGGAAAUUAAGAGCCACCAAGGCGGAAAUCUCAGAGCUGCAGCAGCUCCUGGCCUCCAAAGAUGCUGAGAUCGAGUGCCUGCAGACCCAGCUGCUGGCCAGAGGCGGCAGCGCCAAUGACAACGCAGAGAGAGAUCAGGAAUACCAGAGGUUAAAGGUGGGGAUGGAGUCUUUGCUGGCUUCAAAUGAUGAAAAGGAUCGUCGUAUAGAGGAGCUCACCAUUCUGCUCAGCCAAUACAGAAAGAUGAGAGAGGUCAUGGCGCUCACACAGGGAAGCAGUGAAGAGGAGCUGAGCGGCAGUUUAAAGCUCAAAGCCAUCACUCACAAAGCACACGCUGACAUCCUCAGAUCAGAGCUUUCAUCAAGAGGAUCUUCCCCACUCAUGCUGUCCUCAUCCCCGUACCAGAGGGACUUGGAUUUCAGUUUCCAGAACUCGAUGGACACAUCGCUGGUGUCCAGUGGCGAUCCGAGUUUGUUUAAUGGAUCGUGGCAUCAGCGCCGAUUGAUGUCCAGCAGUCUUGAAGAGUUGCAGAGCGGAUCGUUAAAAAAGGCUGUAGAGAUCCAGCCACUUGAAACUGAAUCAGAUGUAGGGGCUGAGAAUCCCCACAUGGAGCUGAACAAGUACCAGACUCUGCCGGGGAAGCUGGGUAAGAAGAGCGAGCCGAGGGCCGAGCUGAACGGAGACGGAGAGUAUUUAUCUCCUGUCCAGCUCUCUCCCGUCCACGGCCAGGACUACAGUCUGAAACAUCCAGAGAAGUUGGAGGAGUGCCUCCCGUCAGACCAGUCGCCACUGUCCUCUGGAGUGGACUCUGGACAGCAGUCUCCCGUCUCACCAGAGAACAGGAAGAGUCACCGAGGCAUUAGGAAACUCUGGGGGAAGAUCCGUCGCAGUCAGUCAGGUAGUCCGGUCCAGGUUCAUGACCCAGAGCUGGGAGACUUCAAGAGGGGAGGCUUCAGAGCUACAGCUGGGCCUCGAUUGGCCUGUUCAGGAAAAACACGAGAUCUGAAGACGCCGUUUUCGAAGUGGAGCACAGAGCAGGUGUGCGACUGGCUCGAGGACAUUGGACUCGGUCAGUACAGCAUCCUCGCUCGCCAGUGGGUCACCGGCGCUCAGACUCUGCUGUCAGCCACGCCACAAGACCUGGAGAAGGAGAUGGCCAUGAAGAAUCCACUCCACAGGAAGAAGCUUCAGUUGUCCAUCAAGGCAAUCAGCAGCAAACAGCCUGAAAAAUCUGCAGAGCUUGAUUACCUCUGGGUUACUCGUUGGCUUGAUGAUAUUGGCCUUCCUCAGUACAAAGACCAGUUUAAUGAAGGAAGAGUGGAUGGGCAGAUGCUGCAGUAUCUCACUGUGAACGACUUGUUAUUCCUCAAAGUGACCAGCCAGCUGCACCACCUCAGCAUCAAGUGUGCCAUUCACGUUCUCCACGUCAACAAAUUCAACCCCAACUGCCUCAAACGCAGGCCCAACAACGAGAGCCAGUUCUCUCCCAGUGAGGCUGUCCAGUGGUCCAACCACCGAGUCAUGGAGUGGUUAAGAUCUGUAGACCUUGCGGAGUACGCCCCAAACCUGAGGGGCAGCGGCGUGCAUGGAGGGCUGAUAAUGCUGGAGCCUCGGUUUAACUCCGACACACUGGCCAUGCUGCUAAACAUCCCUCCUCAGAAAACUCUGCUGAGGCGCCACUUAACCACCAACUUCAACAAUCUAGUAGGAACGCAGGCUCAGCAGGAGAAGAGGGAGUACACCGAGGCGGCAGGAUACUCCCCUCUCAGCAUCACAGCUAAAGUCAAGCCGAAGAAGUUGGGCUUCUCUAACUUGACUCACCUCAGGAGGCGACGGUCGGAUGAAUCCACAGACUAUGUCUGUCCCAUUGAGUCGUCCUCGCCUCAGUUGGGACAGUCUGCAGCGAACGGGGUGCAGAUGCGGCCCUACGCUGGCUUCAGAGGCCUGAGCCCCAUCCUAGACCGAGAGCCCGACCGCUCCAGGGACCAGAUGGCGAUCACAGAGGGUACCAUUUUGCAAAUAGAAGCUCUGUCUGAAAGCAUCAACAACCUCACAGACAAAGGAGAAGAGCAAAGGACAUGUAGUGGACUUGGAACUGUGGAAACUUCCAGACCGGUCCUGUGCAUCAGGGAGACCAGCCUGUGAUCUGCUGUCCAUCAUCGGUCCGCCAUGGGUGAGAAGUUCAGCAAACCCAUAUCUAACCCACUGAGAAACUUCAGCUUCUUUUCUUCUUUUAAAUGUAGCCGAUCCAGGCA